AUGACGUUAACGACAAACGUAGCGUCGUGUCAGAAAGCAGAUCCCGCGAGGCUACGGCUGCGCGACAGAAGCAGCGGCUUGGAUACUUUCGCAUACGGCCGUGCAACGCGACGGUUUCUCGCAGAGCCAAUCGUGCGACGCCGUGCGACCGCCGGGUGCGACAGGUCGGCCACGUUGCGAUUCCAGCUCAGGAGACCGCCAACCACGGCGACGCCGCGUCUCGACGUUAAGGCAUGCGACGGCGACGACGGUGAUGACGUGGACACGAGCGCCUUCUGCUCUUCCGGCAACGGCGCGCUUCACCGCUUGGGCGGCUCGGCUGCCGUGACCGCUGACGUGUCACUCGGGGACGCAUUUGACGAACUUAGCGCCGGGCCGGAGGAGCGGCUCGGCGUGAACGGGCGGCGGUUAAAGUUCAAACUGGGCGGCUCGGAGGAAGCUUCGUCGGAGCUUCUCGGGGCGGCCGGCUCGGCGGCUAAGGAGGUUGAGAAGGGGGUAGAGGCGGUGGGGUCGGCGGCCCUUAAAACGCGGGAGGGAUCGGCGGAGAUUGAGGAAGAGACGAAACGAAAGAUGAAGAUAACCCACGGCCGAGUCAUCUCAGUUAUAUUAUUCGUCGGCCUGCUCUCCACCCUCCUCCUAGUCGAUUCCUUCAUCUGGCGCCUCAUCCGUCGCCCCCUCGCCGCAUUCUUCCUCACAAUCCCCUUCCUCGCCGCCGCCGCCACGUCAGCAUACGCGGGCGCCAUCGCCAUCCCGUUCCUGCGCUCGCUUAAAGCCCAGCAGGUGGUGCGCGAGGAGGGCCCCGCCACGCAUGUGACUAAAGCGGGCACGCCCACCAUGGGCGGGCUGUUCUUUGUGCCGCUGGGUGUGCUUGUAGCGAGGGUGGCGACUGGGAGUCCGCCUGAGCUGGCUGGAGUGACGGCGGCAACGGUUGCGAUGAUGGCGGUGGGAGCAGUGGACGAUGGGCUGUCUCUGGUGAAGAAACACAACUAUGGGCUUACCCCAAUGGGGAAGCUUGGCCUGCAGGUGGCAAUAGGCCUGGCACUCAGCUACUGGUUACAUGGGGCGAAUCUUCAAUCGCCCUAUUCCAUGAAGAAUAUAGUGCCCUUUCCACAGCCAAUCAGUCUCUGGUACUUUGGCAGGUGGUAUGUGCCGGUAACGGUGUUCUGCAUGGCUUCAAUGAGCAAUGCUGUUAACCUCACGGAUGGCUUGGAUGGGCUGGCAGCCGGCACCACUGCCAUUGCAUUCAUUGCCAUGGCCAUAGCCUGCCUUCCCAUCUACCCUGCCAUGGGAGCAUUCGGAGCAGCGAUGGCGGGGGCGUGCAUGGGCUUCCUAGCGCACAACCGGCACAAGGCAGCAGUGUUCAUGGGGGACACGGGCUCCCUGGCUCUCGGGGCGGCCCUCGCUGCCAUGGCUGCCACCACCGGCCUCUUCUUCCCGCUCCUCAUUGCAUCGGCCGUUUUCUUCCUCGAAACUGUUUCGGUCAUGCUACAGGUUUCAUUCUUCAAGCUCACCAAGCGGACCACAGGCACGGGAUUGAGAAUAUUUCGCAUGUCGCCCUUCCACCACCACUUGGAGCUCUCGGGAAUGGCGGAAACCACCGUUGUCAUGCUAGCAUACAUUGUCACUCCAUCACCCUCUCCUCCUUCGUGCCGCUUUCGCACCUGCGAGCCUCUCCAUUCUGCACUUGAAAUGGGUCCAGUUCGGCUGUCGGCGCUCUCUGCGCUAUUGCUUUUAGUUUCCGCAUCGGCCAUUCUGGCUGGCGCAGAAGAAUAUUUCGGGUUACCAACAUCCAAGUACGAGCACGAGUGGGCCAAGUAUCGGCAGCCUGACGGGCUCCUAUCGCUCGACUACCUGAAGCAAGGAGGCGAUGGCGACAAGAUCAGAGGAAGGAAGGCCAUGGAGAACCUCUUUGAAGUCGUCUUCUGCUCUGCCCUCCCAUCGAAGCAAGUGCUCCCUAACAACCUCUUCCAGAACGGCGAAUUUUCAGAUGGCAUCAGCCCGUGGCAGGGUUUCGGCUGGUCAUCUGUAUACACGGUAACAGACACCCGCUUGAACUACGGCGUUUGCACAAAUCGCUCCGAAGCCUACUCCGGACCGAUGCAAAGCGUCUCCAACCUGCCGGCCGCGUCGUACGAGAUGAUCGUCUGGGUCCGGCUGAACGCCGGCGAACGGCAGUACGUGAACGCGAACGUCAAUAUUAACGGCCAGUACGUGUGCAUCGGCGGCGCGAUCGCCAAGUCUAACUGCUGGACGAAACUCAUGGGCGGAUUCACAUUACACGACCCGCUGGAUAAAGCCAGUAUUUAUAUCCAAGGCGCAACCCCGGGGACCGAGAUCUGGAUCGCGCAGGCUUCGUUGCGGAAGGUUGAUAAGGACGAAUGGCUGGCGCAGCAGCAGGCGAGCAUCGAGAAGCAUCGCAUGCGCGACGUGUCGUUGACGGUUACCGGCAAUAACGGGCAGCCUGUGGACGUGGUGAUUAACCAGAUUCAGUCGGAUUUUCCGUUUGGCGGGAACGUUAACGGCGCGAUCCUCUACGACGUGAACUACCAGAAGUGGUUUAAAGAUCGUUUCAACUGGGCUGUGUUCAAUAACGAGAUGAAGUGGUACUUUAACGAGGGGUACCAGGAGGGUGUAGAGAAUUACACUAUAACGGAUGCGAUGGUCAACUGGUUCCGCUCGCGAAACAUCAACGUUCGCGCGCACAACCUGUUCUGGGCAGUCGAGAAUUUCGUGCAGCCGUGGGUCAAGAACCUCAACGACGAGGAUCUGUGGGCGGCGAUGCAGCGAAGACUGAACCAUGCGGUAACCCGUUACAAGGGGCAGGUGCAGCACUGGGACGUUCUCAACGAGCCGCUUCACGGCAACUAUUUUGCGGACCGCCUCGGUCCGCAGGUGCACGACUGGAUGUACAAGGCCACGUCAGCAAUCGACAACCAGGCGCAGCUGUUUAUUAACGACUACAAUACUGUAGAGGAGUGCGACGGCGUGUCGCAUCCCGAGUAUUAUCUCGCAAAAGUCUGGCAGAUGACGACACGUGGCUCACCGGUGACCGGGAUCGGCGUCGAGUCGCACUACAGCAAGGAACCUCAGCCGGCCCGUCUCCGCCACGAUCUCAACCAGCUGGCAGUGGCGGGCAUCCCCAUCUGGCUGACGGAGCUGGACUUCAACAAGGUGCCGGACGACGCGAUCCGCGCGGACUACUUCGAGUCGGUGAUGCGCGAGGCGUUCGCGCACCCCGCCGUGCACGGCAUCGUGAACUGGUCCGCGGGCCGCGCCACGUGCGACAAGUACAAGGACGUGGAUCCCGGCAUGUGCAAGCCGUGCGAGGCGUGCUUCUCGGAUACCAACUUUGUUGACAACGAGCUGGGGAAGAGGUAUGUGAGAUUGCGCAAGGAGUGGAGCACGCACCUCAACGCCAAAAUCUCUCCCGGGCAGCCGCUCGCAUUCAAGGGCUUCCACGGCACCUACCGCGCCCGCUUCCAGGUCAACGGGCAGACCGUCGAAAAAACAUUCCACGUGCCGAAUGCACAAGGCGUGGCAGAGAUUAGCAUCCAGCUUCCCAGUUGUGGUUGUGCAACAGUCAUGUCGCCGCCAAAGCGCAAAACGAGCAUUAGCAGCAGCACGGGCGCCAGCAACAGCGGCGCCGCCGCGCGGCAGUCCCGCCCGAGCAACCCGCCGUCGCGGCCUCUUUCCCAGCCAGACCUCUCGCAGCACCCGUCUCUCCACCAACACGCACUGCCACGUCAGCACCCUUCUCCGCACCACACGGGCCAGCCACCGUACCCUAAUCCCCCCUAUCCCCAAGCCCCGCCUUAUCCACAAGGCCCGCCUUUUCCGCAAGGUCCGCCGUAUCCCCCGCAGCAGCUACCACCCGCGCCUUACCCAGCCGCGCCUUAUUCUCAUCCCGGCUCGCAUCCGCACGGACCGCCUCCGUUCCCGCCCUAUGCCAACGGUCCUCCCCCCGCAUCUGGCGCCGGAUAUUACGUGCCUAGCUACCCGCCUUCCGCUGGCGCGGGCCCUCCGCCGUACGUGCGCGCUGCGCGCGGCGGGGAAGAUGGGUACGGAUCGGACGGGCCAUUACACGGUUACAUGUCAGACGAGCCGCCGUAUCGCCGCGGCGCGGGGUACGGCCGGGGCGCGAAUGGCGGUCCCAUGGCGCCGCCGCCGAAAUUAGUGUCGUCUAAGGGCCGCGCGACUCGGCAAUGGUGUUCGACGUGGCGCCUGCUGCUGCUCAUCUUCAUCCCCGCUGUAGUGUUCGUGCUUAUAAUGAGCGGGCGCAGUCCGGGGAACUGGCGCACGGUCGAAGCGGAGGUGUGGGGAGGCGCGGAGGAGGAGCGCGCGGGGGGCGCUUGGGGCGCGGGCGCGGGCGCGGGAGCGGGGGGGGAUUUGCGGGGAGUGCGGUGGAGCAGCGAGGUUGAGUCGGCGGUGAUUGCGGGGGCCGUGGCGAAGGGCUUUAAGAUGGACCUUAGUACAGCGCGGACUAGACUAAAGACAGAUGCUGACGUGGAAGGGGCCAACAUUGACCACAACAACUCCAUCACCAACCCCUGCUUGACACGUCACUCGCUGCUGCAGAGGGCCUAUCAGGAGGCGCCACCUGGCGCGCUUGCCGCGCUCGGGCAGCCACGAUUCGUCCAGCGCAGCGGGUACCGGCUGUCGGCCAAUGAAUUCGCAGCGAUUGGGAUGAGCCUACGUGUUAUGAGGGAGAUUGCUGAUGAUGGGCUGGGCCACUGCUACUGGGUCGGGCAGGACGGGCAGCAUUUGACGGGCAGGCUGAGGGGAAUUUACCCUGGAGAGCACCAUUUAUUGAUGUACGAGACGGCAAUUUACCACUGCAAACUUGCAGCGGAAAGCACGGGGAAUGGCGGCGGCACAGUCAUGAUUCAACUAGAUCGCACAGAUGUAGCUAUCUACAGCGAGCCACCCGCACCAGCAUCGGCUCUCUCCUCUCUCCUCCCCACACAUUCCCACUCGCUAUCACACCCCGCCACACACACGGGCAUACCAGCUCAUACACCCGCCCAGGCACACUCGCCUCUCGCGCACUCCAGUCCAAGCAACGCCACCCAGUCGCACAACAGACAAGGCUACAGCUUGCAGCAUUGGGGCGGCAAGGGGGAGCAGCCGUUUGAGUACGAGCUGGCCUUCUGCUCCUUCCCCAUGUACCGCGACCUCAACCCCUCCACGCUGCAAGUGUGGCUGCUGGUGGCCUAUCAUUACCUCAAGGUCGACUAUUUUGUGCUCAGCGAUGGGGGUUCUGUGGACGACACUAUUAUGAAGGUCCUAUCCCCGCUUGUGGAUGCUAACAUAAUGGAAAUAGUCGACGUUCGCGGCGCAUACGCGUUCGAGAACAAACAGAACGUGCUAACCCUAAACGACUGCAUGUACCGUCUCCGCUCCGGCGCCCGCUGGGUACUGUUCAUGGACUUUGACGAGCUACUGUACAUCGCGCCGCCACCCCCCCCGCCGCCACCCGAGCCAGAAACAGACGGAGACGGCGAGUACACUCCGGACGGCCACAAGCGGAGAAAAAGACGAAGAAGGCACGCCAAGCCGAAACCGGUGGAUGUAGCCGGAGGGUCCCUGCAGAACCUCCUUAUGCAGCAUAACGGGUCGGCUUUUAUCACGUUCGGGAGUGUGUGGUGGUCUGUGGAGUAUUGUCGACCGCCCACGCCCGCUCUCUCGCUGCCGAUUCAGCGGAUGCGGUUUCAUUGGCCGCAUGUGUACUGUGUGGGAGAGAAGGACAUGGGGUAUACUCCAAACCACUGCCUCAACUUCUACGGCCAUCGCAAGUUUCUGGUUGACCCACGCCAAGUGUGGGCCGUGCAGGUGCAUCGCCCCAUAGAGCCACUGGAGGGUGGUGUUCAUUUGACCCCCGAUGUUGCCUACCUCAACCACUUCCAGGGACUCCUACGUGCCAACUUCACAUUGUGCUCGCAAGAGGUGCUUCCAGGAAAGGAGCCUGAUUGGUGGACAGAAGACAGCUAUUUGGCCGAGUUAGUGGGCAUCAUGAUGAAGAAAGGGCCCCCUAAGAAACGUCGGCGAAUUCCCUUUUGA